AUGUCCAAUACCCUUGACAAGUAUCAAGAGAAAAUUGGUUGUUUCAUACAAAUUCCAAAUAUUGGAAGAGGUCAAGUAAAAUAUGUAGGUACCGUAGAUGCGAAACCAGGACACUAUGCAGGUAUUGAUCUAUUGGCUAAUAUUGGUAAGAAUGAUGGUAGUUUUAAUGGUAGAAAAUAUUUUGAUACAGAAUACCCGAAAAGUGGUCUGUUCAUUCAAUUGAACAAAGUUGCUAAUUUGAUUGAAAACGCCACAAUUUCUAGAAGAAAUACAUUAUUACCUCAAAAUGAACAACUUUCACGUAAUAACAGUCUUGGAAGUGUGAGUAAAAAUCAAAAAUCAAACGUAUUAGUAACGCGACACUCAUUAACCGAACAGAAAUCACCUACUCCCGUUAGAACCUCUAGAACCUCGAGUAACAGAAAUGUACAGAUUGUGUCAAAUAUUGACUAUAGAUUACAGGAUCAUAACGACGAUCUUAUGGAUAUAGACACACCAUCAUCUGCACCUCGUAGCACAAACGAAAUUUUUCAAAAUAUUAAUGUCAUAAGAGAAUACGAAUUGAAGGUAGAAAAGCAACAGAGAAAGAUAAUAGAAUAUGAGAGGUUGUUAAAUGAUCAGAGGAUCGUUCUUGAAGAAAUACAGCCAACAAUAGAUGCAUGUGAAAAUAAUAUUCGUGAAAUAGAGCAAGAGAGAGAUCAACUGAAGGCUCAAUUGGAUCACGAGCGUGAGCAACAGAAGAAACAAAAACAAUAUUUCGAGACAGAGCACGAACAGUUAUUAGAAGUUGUUACUCAGCUUCAUCAGGAGAUAACAGAGAACGAAAGGCGCAUUGCUGAAGAAAAGAAGCAGCAAGCUUCCGCUGCUACCAGCACCACUACUAACAUAGAGCUUGAAGCAUUGAACCAAGAGUUGGAUGAACUAAGAAAGUAUAAAGAUGAAACGGAAUAUGCCAAAAAAAAAUGGGAUAAAGAAAAGGAGCAGUUGAGAAUGCACAAUGAAUCAUUGAGCAAGGAAUAUCAAGCUCUCAAUAAAGAGUUACUGAGCAUGUCAAAUAGUAGUAAUUCUGAUGACAAGCUAAAAAAAGAGAUACUCCAACUGAAAGAGGACCUGAACUUGGCGCAUAAUAGAAUUGAUGAGCUUACAAAAUCUACAACAAAUACCGGUGCCCUUCAAGAACUUCAAGAAGAAAACAUACCCCAGUCAUUGCCGUUAUAUGAACCGGAAAAGAAAAUCGAUGCUGCUGCUGGUAGAAAGCUUUGGUGCGUUUUAUGUGAAAAAUCUGGACACGAACAGAUUGAUUGUCCAUUCCAAUACGGAGACAAUGCAUGCAGUAACGAUGCGAACUCAAACGAACCUCUCUAUUUCUAA